UUGAUCCCCCAAGCCUCCAGUGCCUCCGCUCGACUCUCAUUCUUCGGUUCCUCCCCUCCACCCAAGGCAAGAGCGAAGCCGCCGGCCCCACCGAUCGCCCCCCCUCCCUUGUGGCGGCGGCGGAGAUGGGGCUGGUGGUGCCGCCGGAGGAGACUAACCGGUGCGUGCGCGGGUGCUGCCGCAGCGCCGCCAUCCCGCUCCACCUCCCGUCCGCCUCCUUCUCCCUCCUCUCCCCAAUCGCGCGAGGGUCGGAGAGCACCGUGUACGAGGCUCGGCUGGCCGGCGAGCGCGUCGCGGCCAAGAAACCCGUGCUGUCCACGUCCGAGGACCUCGACAAGUUCCACUACCAGCUCCAGCUCCUCUGUGAGCUGGAUCACCCAGGGUUGGCGAAACUGAUCGCAGCACAUGCACGCCCUCCAAAUUACUUGAUGUUCUUUGAUUUCUUCGAGCCUCCAAACCUUUCAGACAAGAUUCAUGUUGAAGAAUGGAGCCCUUCUGUCCAGCAAGUGGUGGCCAUUGCCAGCGAUCUAGCAAAGGCUCUCCAGUACCUACACAUCCUUGGGGUAGUUCACAGAGAUAUAAAGCCUGCAAAUAUUUUGCUAGACAAAGACCUCCAUCCACACCUAGCAGAUUUUGGCUUAGCCAUGUUUCAGAAGGAUAUUAAGCAUGUCUCAGUUGAGAACUGGAAAUCAUCUGGCAAGCCCACUGGUGGUUUCCAUAAAAAAAAUAUGGUUGGGACACUAAUUUACAUGGCACCAGAAAUUUUGAGAAAGGAUAUACAUACAGAAAAGUCUGAUGUAUAUAGCUUCGCAAUAUCUAUCAAUGAGCUUCUUACUGGUGUGGUGCCUUAUACAGAUCUGCGAGCAGAAGCACAGGCACACACUGUUCUUGAAAUGACUUACACUGAACAACAACUUACAGCAGCAGUUGUUUCUCAAGGAUUGCGCCCUGCACUUGCCCUUACGAAAUCUGGUGUUCCAUCGGUUCUUUUGUCACUUAUCCAGCGUUGCUGGGAUCCCGAUCCUGAAAAGAGACCAUCGUUUGAAAAUAUAAUUGAUGAGCUAAAUAUAAUCCAAAAGCAUUUAGUUUCAAGUGCUUGCCUUCCAUCAUCCCCUGUGAGCAAGAUUCAAAAUGGCAACAUAGAAGCACACCAUUAUAAAGAAGCAUUAAACUGGUUUAACCAAGGGGAGCUUUUUGUUAAGAGAUCAGAAAAAUCGGAUCUUACAGAGAAUCUUUGGUCUGGCUAUUCCAAUCAGUCCUCAGAGUAUCGUCCAACAUUAAGUUGGGGAUCUUUUGCAACAUGUGGUCGAAGGGAAACUAUGGAAGAUACCCAUUUUAUGCUUCCCCAUGUGAGCGAAGAAAAGGAUGUUUUUGCCUUUGGCAUUUUUGAUGGUCACAGAGGUUCAGCAGCUGCUGAGUUUUCUGUCCGAGCAGUCCCUGGGUUUCUGAAGCAAUUUGGUCGGAGUACAAGCCCAAUUGAUGCCCUCGCAGAAGCAUUUGUAAGGACUGACAUAGCAUUUCGAGAAGAACUAAUUCUUCACCAAAAGUCAAAAAGGAUAAUCCGAAAAGACUGGCAUCCUGGUUGCACAGCUGUGACAGCCCUAGUAGUGAGAAACAAGCUUUUUGUAGCAAAUGCUGGUGAUUGCCGAGCAAUCCUGAGCCGUGCUGGUAAACCAUUUCCCAUGACCAAGGAUCAUGUUGCUAGCUGUCUGAAGGAAAGAGAGCGCGUAAUAAAAGCCGGAACUGAAGUAAAAUGGCAAAUAGAUACCUGGCGUGUGGGUACAGCUGCUCUUCAGGUCACAAGGUCAAUUGGUGAUGAUGAUCUCAAGCCAGCAGUCACAGCACAACCCGAGGUUAUUGAAACUGCUUUGUCAGAAGAUGAUGAGUUCCUGGUGAUGGCUAGUGAUGGCCUGUGGGAUGUGGUAAGCAACGAGGAUGUGCUGUCAAUAAUCAAGGACACAGUAAAAGAGCCUGGAAUGUGCUCCAAGAGGCUGGCUACAGAGGCUGCAGAGCACGGCAGCAAAGACAACAUCACUGUCAUUGUUGUGUUCCUUCGCCCUGUCUCCACAGCUGAGCGAAUAUACUGAAUGACCACCAAAACCCUUGCUCAUGCUAUCAGCCCACUAUUUUUUAAUUAAAUUUACAUAGGUACCGAAGAAAAGAAGCUACACAUUCAUUCUUGUGUUCGUAUGCAGUUUUUAUCCUGUCGAGGCUAAAAAGAACAAAGCAUGUCAAGAUAGCAGCCUCAGUUGCAAAUUUUUUCUUAGUCUUUUGCAAUACCUCAUUUGUAAACGAGCCAAACGAAUGAGCAUACAAAAGUCCUUUCUUUUUUCUUUUCCUGUUGUAAAGCAGAGCACACAAUGAAUAAUCUAUCUAACAGAAGUAUACUAGCUGGGAACAUGUGGUUGAA